UUUGCUUUUUUCUCUCAAAUGAUUCCAGCUUUGGGAGACGUUGCUUUGCAUUUUUGCUCGGACAAACCGUUACAAGUUGCUGGUAUGGUGUGAGGGACAAAAACAAAAGAUAUUGGAGGCCAAUUCAAGAACAAUAGCUGGAGCAGAACCACGUUUGAGACACUGACUGGAGCUGUGGCCCCCUGCUGGCGAGGUUUUUAUACGUCUUUUUUUCUUUUUCCAGUGGUGCCAGAAAAUGAGAGCACCGUCAUGGAGGACAUGGACUUUGAGCGGCGCCGGGAGCUGAGGAGGCAGAAGCGGGAGGAGAUGCGCCUGGAGGCUGAACGCAUGCUCAGGAACGAUGACGACGAGGAAGAGGCCGCCCGGGAGAGAAGGCGCAGGGCGCGUCAGGAGAGGCUGAGGAACCGGGAGAGCGAGGAGCCCAGCAGCCAGCCGGACGGCGCUGUCAUGACCAACAGCCACAGCGUGACAGAGUCCGUCUCUGUGAGCAGCUCCUACGGCGGCAGCGGGGACGACGAGGAGCAGGCCUUGCAGGAGCGCAUGGCCAAGCGCGAGGAGAGGCGGCAAAGGCGCAUGAAGGAGGCGCUGGAGAGGCAGAAGCAACUGGAGCCCGCCGGCGACGGCGUCGGCCCGGAGAAGAACAGCACAGAGGAGGAACGGCCCUCCUGGCGCAGACGCUGUUACCGUGACACCGUGGAGGACGAGGAGAAGACUGAGAGCAGCAGCUCGAGGCGGGAGGAAAAAGAGCGAGAAGAACCGAGAGAGGACGAAGAGGAUCCUGCUCCUGAGAGAGAGGAGGAAGAAGCAGAGGAGGAGGAGGAGGAGAAGGAGAAAGUUGAAGUUGUGGAAACCAAACCAAGGUCUAAUCUGAGAGAACAGGCAUCAGCAGAGGAGACUGUAAUGCAACACAAGGAUCUCAUUGAAGACGAAAACCAUUCGGUAGUCAGUGAGAGUUCAAGUCAGGCCAAGUCAGCAAACUCCGAGGCUGAGGAGGAUUCAGUAGCAUCAGGGGAGGCUGAAGAGCAGGUGAACGAGAGGGAAGAAUCUGAGGAGGAUCAGAGGAAGCAUAACGGAGGACUGCAUGAUGAGGCGGCUUCCAAACAGCACAGGAAACCUGAGAGGACCCUCAGCCGCGGCAGCGUCCGUUCCCCCGAGGUGUCCGCCGGCGACGAGCAGGACGACGACGCCCGCCUGGAGGCAGAGCGCAAGCUGGAGGAGCUGAAGCGCCGGCGCGAUGACGCAGAGAGCGAGGAGUUCGAGAGAAUGAGGCAGAAGCAGCAGGAGGCCGAAGCCGAGCUGGAGGAGCUGAAGAGGAAACGGGAGGACAGGAGGAAGAUUCUGGAGGAGGAGGAGAGGCAACGGAAGCAGGAGGAGGCGGAACGGAAAGCCAGAGAGGAGGAGGAGAAGAGGAAGAUGAAAGAGGAGAUUGAAAGAAGACGGGCCGAGGCUGCGGAGAAGAGGCAGAAGGUGGACGACACUGUGGACGGGGAGGGGAAACCAUUCAAGUGCGUUAGUCCUCGAGGCUCUUCUCUCAAGAUUGGAGAAAGAGCAGAAUUUCUGAACAAGUCAGCACAGAAGAGCUCUGUGAAGGCGUCUCAUUCUCCUGUGGUGUCCAAGAUAGACAACCGGCUGGAGCAGUACACCUCAGCUGCUCAGCGAGAGAACAAGGAGUCCAAAUCCCCUCGCUCCACCGUGUUGGAUCUUCCCAUGGUCACUGACGUACGAAACAUUAAGAGCAUGUGGGAGAAAGGGAAUGUGUUCAGCUCACCCGGAAGUGCUGGGAGCACUUUUAAGGAAGCAGCUGUUAUAAAGACGGGCGUGGCAGGCCGCAUCAACGACUGGCUGAAUAAAACCCCAGAGAGCGGCAAGACGUCAGGAGGAAGGCCAACGGACCUGAAACCCGUUGAUGUCACCAACAAGAGGAGUCUAUGGGAAAACAAAGGCGCCACUCCGACAAAGAUGGCAGGCAGAGGAGAGACCAAAUCAGUCGCUAACGGUAUGGGCCACUAAUGUCUUAAAGGAGCCACUGACGCUGGGGACCACGACAAUCCAAGAUUCUACCUUUCGAACAAUUUUUUUUUUUUUCCCUAAGAACCAAAUAAUGACCAGAUCCCUCCGAGGAAUGACGCUGAAACUCCUCCUGCGUUUUUGCCAAGUGUAGUACUUUUUGCACGAUGGGUUAGGUUAUGAAAAUACAGGAGGAAAGAGAAAAAAAAAAAAAAACACGCUGUGAAAUUUGGACAUUUUAGACCCGAAUGAGUUCCCAAUCAGAUUUUUACAUUCCUCCACUUUUUAAGUUCACCCGUUCCAAAUAGACGAGUGAAACCUGAUCUCUCCUCCUCUUACAGAUCACUUUCCAUCUCUCCUUAAUUGUUUUCUGUUUUUUUCUUUUUUUAAUUUAUAUUUAAAGAGACGGCUUCACACAUCGCUAUUUAUACUCAGCAGCCACCUGUUCAGGAUAGAAAUGUAAGCACUUCUAGAUUUUAGCAGAUUUCACUUGUAUUAAUUAUGUCUUAACAAUAGCAGAGGAAAGGUCUGAGUAACAUAAGUUAGCACAUGUGACGUUUUGAGUAUCAUUGUAUCAUGUAUAACAUCUCUAUGCUCAUAGAAGGUAUUUUUUGCUUUUAUUUUUAAUUUACGAUGGAAAACUCUUCACCUACAAGACGGUAAUUGUAAAGGUGAAAGGAGUGCUGAAUAUUCAGAAGGCCAUUAUGACUUAUAUUAUCCUUUAUGUCAUUUUAAUUUAAGUUUUAAUGUGGUUUAUCUAUCUGGCUGUUGUUGUUUUUUUAAGGCUUUUGUUGAUCACUUUAUACAGCACUGGGAAAAGGGUUUGCCUCCUUACUGGUUUCUCCUAUUUUUGUUAUUGUUGUUGUCCCACUUAAAUUCCUUACAUAAAAGACAAAUUUAAUAUCAGACAAAGAUAACCUAAAUAAAGUUACAAGAUGAAUUUUCCAAACAGUGAUUUUAUUUUUUAUUUCAUUUGGAGUAAAAAAUCUUACCCAAACCCAUUUGUCCCUAUGGAAACACGUAAUUUUCCAAUUUUUCCCCUCAACAAAAUAAAUCAUCAUUUGAAAACUCCUGUUUUUUAAAAUGUACUCAGGUUAUCAUUGAUAUUAAAACGUUUAAGUGCGACAAAGAGAGUAAAAAAAAAAAAAAAAAAGAGUAAGUCUCUAAGGGGGGAAAUCCGUUACCUCAGUGCUGUGAAAAAAAUAAUAAAAAAAAAUCUUCCUACAUUCCUGUGUGAGAUGCUCGUGGUGCCUUUGCUGCUUUGAAGCUGUGCUACGUACGGAAAACCAAGUUUUGUAUUCUGUCUGUCACAGUAAUCUCUUCCACGCCUCUUCUGCUCGAGCAAUUGUACCGAGUUCGCAGUUUAAGGAUAUUUACCACUAUGUAGAAACUCUCGCCUUACGAUUGCAACGAGAACGUCUCCGCCGCAACAGGAGAUGAAAGAAUCGCAACAAAGAUUCUGUGAUUAUUUUUUGAAAUUUUUCUCUGACAUGUUGUCGUGUUGCUCGUCUCGUCAGAGCGGCACAAGCUUUGAUUAGUACAUGAACGGUUUGUCAGGGCAUUAAAUUGAUUAAUGUUACUGCUCAACAGUCUGACAAUCACAUUCCUUUGGCUCCUCAAAAAAGCAGGGAGCUUGACCAAAAUAUUUUAUAGAGUGAAUUAAUGUGACAUUUAUUUUUUUUUAAUACAGUGGUUUUAUUGUGCUGUAUGUUUUUUGGGUUUUUUUACAAUCUUGUGUCCUUUUUUUAUGUUUUUUUUUUUUUUGUUUUGUUUGUUUUUAAAGCUUGUCUUUUUCAAUUUUUAACCAGGCACUUGUUUGUGUAGCGCCAAGCCUAUGCAACACACACACAUCUGUACUUGUAUCUUAUUCUGUAUGUCGGUGUCAUGAACGUGGACGGAUGUUUGUAACGUUGUACCAUGGACUGACUCAACUGCAACAAUAAAUUCAUUGAGGUAUUCCA